AUGCAUGGAUCAAGAAGAGUUGUGGUUUUUUGCCUUCUCACUACUGUCUUACCAUCAAUACUAAUAAUAUCUCCACUAUACCUAAGACAUAUAAAAUAUGCAGAUGUAAUGUACAAAAUAUCGGAUUCUGAUGUAAUACAAAUACACAAAGGCCAAUCAUCAAUAUUUUGUGAGAGACAUUCCUUAAGAAUGAAUAAUACAUUCAAUGCAUUCCAAAUGAAAGGGCGGCCCCAUUUAUCAGAAAAUAGAAAACAUAUAACAUUACGAAAAUCCAUGUCCUUGCCAGAUGAUACACUUGAAUAUUGGGGAUUUUACCUCUUUGCUGGAGCCACUGUUGAGUUAAAGGCAUGCUCCAGAUAUGAAGGAUCAAAAAUAUUGGUUGUGAAAGGAGAUAAGACAUUGGACACUUGUGGAAUCUUGGAAGGUAAUAAGUAUAAGAAAGAUACCCCUUUGAUAAGUAAAAAUGAAAAUGUUUCAGUUACACUUGAAAGUCCAGAUAUUAAUACUCUUCUAGAACUCAAGGAAGUCUUAAACAGUCAAAGAGAAAUAGUUACUGAUAAUUAUGAAAUUGCUAACACUGAACAAACAUCUGAAACAGAAAGAGUUAAAAGAGACACAUUAAGUCCAUCUUUACACAAUCCUAACACUCUUUUGGACACUGGAGUAAACCAUGGGGGAAAUGCCAAUCCCAAAUUACAACUACAAGAAGAUGCAUCAGUAUCUAGUUUUGAGAACAAUCUUCAUGAAUGUUACAAUGAAAAUAUGAUAAUAAAUGAAUAUUUUCCAUAUUCAAUACAAUGCAAUAAUACGAGAUAUUUAGAAGUCACAACAACUCUCAAAGUUGUCCAUGAUGUUACUAUAGAUGGAUAUUAUUAUUACAUCUUUUAUAGUGAUAAUGACUUUGUUGUAAAUGAUGUUCAUACCAUAUUUGAUAUUUAUAAACCUAUCUUUCAAUAUUCUAAUAUGUCUGACACUAAAGUUUGUAUAAAUAAAACGGAAUGUUCUUUUGGUAUUGAUUUGUUCAGUGAUGAAUUAGUUAUUGUAGAUGUUCCAACAAGAGAUGGGUUAAGAAAUGAAGAUACAUCAAUAUUAAUAUCAGUGUGCCAUCCUCGAAUGUCUGUAUAUAUAAUUUUUCCUGUCUCUGUUUUAUUGUUAGUUCUUUUAUUUGCAUUUUUAUGA